AUGGGAGAUCUGUUAACCCGUUAUCAUCUAGAAAAUAUUCAAAAGCAUAGACGAACCCAUCUCAACAGCCCUUCUCUUGCUAUUUCUGUUAUUCAAACUAUUGCACCUGAUUUAACUUGUACUCAGUGCUAUCCGAUAACACUUACUCUUCGUGGACGUUUUAAAGAAUUUUGGGACUGGUAUUCUCAAGCCUAUAACGCUACUACCUAUAGUCAAGCUACUAGUUCUAGUUUUUAUCAGCUAGUUAAUACUGAUCGAGCCAAAGCCCGUUUAGCUAUUCGAAAUAUUAUUUUUAGCUGCCAAUACAGAGAAGCUGUACCUAAUCCUCGAUCAACUGCUCAACUUAUUUUACGAAAACAUACCUCUUUUCAUAAUCUUAACAAAGCUUCGAGUGCCUAUAUCAACCAUUACGAUAUUUUUAUUGACAACCCUACUGCCGCUCAGUCUUAUCUUCAAACAUUAUACUCAGACGAAGAACAACAAACUACAGAAGAAACUACUACACCUAUUUUACCACCAUCUUCUCCUGAUACUAUUAUUAGGAUAGGAACACCUGUUAUUGCAUCUACUUCUACUGCAACUCCUACUCGAACUACUCAAUCAGAAAGAAGGGAAGAAUCUUUAACCCCACCUGAUACUCAAAGUGUUAAUUUAGAAGAAGCCUCUUUAUCAUCUACUUCUUCACCGAAAUUUAUCCAAAGGGUCUAUAAAACUUUGGUAUCUUAUAGUCCUCGUCGAACUACAUUCUCAUCUACUUCAGAAAUAUACCAGGACGAUACUCAUUCUGUAAUUACAGAAACUCCAAGUAUAGUUGAAACUGCAUCAGUACAUACUGCAGAAGAAGAAGUUAUUACCUCUACAACUUCAUUAGACCAAGACUAUCAGCCUCUUUAUCCUAAUAUUAAAACAUCUAGUCCACGCUCAAAUCGCCUUUAUCAGAAAAUUUCUAGUUCAUCCUCUACUUAUUCUCCAACCUAUUCUUCAGUCUACCCACAACUUCCUGGAAUAACAACUAGUCCUAUCCACUAUAAUCAAGAAGAAACAAAUUUUGAUCAAACAGAAUCAAAAAAUAUAUUAGAACAAAACUUUCUUCCAGAACAAACUAAUUUAACACCUCCACACAAAUCAGAUAGUUCAGAUACUGACGAAGAAGAAAAUAUAG